UAAAUUACGAGUACGAUCAACCACCACAUCAUCUCUUCCAAAAUUUGCAAAUGCAACACAAAAGAUGCAUCCAUCACCCAUGUCUACAUAUCCUGCCUCAACUAACCAGUUAAAUAUUAGUUUGGCCAAAUCCUCCUGCUGAAUAUAUAAUUAGUGGUAAAGAUCCUGACAUAAUCCCCUAACAUACCUCUUAAGUAACACACAUAGUGGAGCACCACAAACCACAACUGGCCUAACUAACAAACUGAGCUACUGCAAAAAUUGCAGACCUCUUACACCACUCCUUACAUAGCUUCAAUGUUCAUAAAGUCUCCCCAAAUGCCAACUUGCAGCACAUUAAUCUAAUAUAAUCCCUUCCCAAAAUGAAUUAUCACAAGCUAAACAUAUAUUAAACAAAAUUAGUUUAGUAGUUUCUGUUUUGUGUUUAAGAUUAGUUGUUGAAAGGGUUGUUCAAAGAGAAAGAGAUGGGAAUCAAUGGAUGGGCUGGCUUGGAUUUAGCUCUCUGGUUAUAAAGCUGGGUUUUUUUAGCAUCUACCAUAAUUAGGAGCUUAAUAAUACAAUUUUUAUUCUGUUAAAACCUUUUUUUCUUGUUAUUAAUGAUUGAUACAAAACUCUCUCCCUCUCUCCCUCUCUCCCUCCCCUCCAUCUCUCCUUAACUAAUCUAACAUAUAUAUAUAUAUAUAUGUACAUAUUUUAAGCUUAGUUGUUCUCCCUUUUUUUAUUCAGGAGGAUCCUCCUUUGUUUGGAUUUGUAAAUAGUUUUUAACACAUAAGAACAGGAGGUAUCCAUCCAACCCCCCAUUUCUCCUUUUGCCAAAUAGGUAAUGCAAACCUCCCCUGUUUUUCUCCUCCCCUGUUUUUCACCUCCCCUGUUUUCUUCACAAUUGAUUGUGUCCAUGGUUUUUGGUGAUUAAUUGCUAGACGAUCCGACAUUGUUGUGCUUUCAGGACUUAAGAAAGAGCGUCAGUCAUGGGGGAUACGAUGAUGUAUGGAAUUCCCGACAAGAAUCCCAAACCGGGACUCGACGAGUUCUCGGAGGAAGAGAAGAAGAAGAAGGCAGGGGGAGGAGGGGGAUCCUUCAAGAAGAAGGUAUCGAACAAGUUCCGAAACUCCCUGACGAUGACGAAGAAGGGUCGCCGGAACAGCAGGGUGAUGUCGGUUUCGAUCGCCGACGAGAUCGACGCCGAGGAGCUGAGGGCCGUGGACGCGUUCAGGCAGGCGCUGAUUCUUGACGAGCUUCUUCCGAACAGGCACGAUGAUCACCACAUGAUGCUGAGGUUCCUGAAGGCGAGGAAGUUUGAUAUUGAGAAGGCCAAGCAGAUGUGGUCGGACAUGAUCCAGUGGAGGAAGGAGUUCGGUACCGAUACUAUCAUGGAGGAUUUCGAGUUCAAGGAAGUAGAUGAAGUGUUGCAGUACUAUCCACAAGGGUACCAUGGAGUCGACAAAGAUGGCCGGCCGGUGUACAUCGAGAAGCUCGGGGAAGUCGACGCCAACAAGCUGGUUCAGGUCACGUCGUUGGACCGAUACGUGAAGUACCAUGUUCAGGAGUUCGAGAAGGUGUUCACUUACAAGUUCCCAGCUUGCUCCAUUGCUGCUAAGAAGCACAUCGACCAGAGCACCACCAUCAUUGAUGUUCAAGGAGUUGGGCUUAAGCAGUUCACCAAAACAGCCAGGGAGCUCAUCAGCAGGAUUCAGAAGAUCGAUGGUGACAACUACCCUGAGACGCUGAACAGGAUGUUCAUCAUUAAUGGUGGAGCUGGGUUCAGGCUUCUGUGGAACACUGUUAAAUCGUUUCUGGACCCCAAGACGGCUGCCAAAAUCCAUGUUCUUGGGAACAAGUACCAGAGCAAGUUGCUUGAAGUGAUUGAUGCUAGUGAGCUGCCAUCAUUCUUUGGAGGCACCUGCACUUGUGCUGACAAGGGUGGCUGCAUGAGAUCCAGCAAGGGACCGUGGAAUGAUCCUGACAUCCUCAAGAUGGUUCAAAAUGGCGAGGGCAAAUGCCACUGGAGGACAUUGUCAGGGAUUGAGGAGAAGUCCAUCCCUGAAGAUAAGGAGACCAUCAUCAAGGUCUCCAGCAAUGAAGCGGAGGACCUCAAACCCUAUCCAGUUCCUGAGGAUCUUCCCAUCGUCAACAUGAUGAGCAAGAUCACCCCAGAUGAGUAUGAGAAGUCGAUCCAAGUCUUCGAGAAGACGAUAGAUGCUAACUGGAAACCUUCUCCAGGAAAGGUUGUUCUUCCCGAGGACGGUACCAUUGUUCCUGCAAACGGGAAGCACAUGAUGGGCGGGGUCAUGGCCGUGGUGAUGGGAGUGGUGUCGUUGAUCCGAAUGACAAAGACAAUGCCGAGGAAGCUGACCGAGGCAGCCAUCUACGGCAGCAAGACCUACUACUCUGACUCGCUCAACGACCCCGCAGCUGUUGCAGCUGGCACUAGUGCAUUCACUGAAUCCUCCAUCACCACCUCAGACUACAAGAACAUGAUGCUGCGAAUGGCUGAGGUUGAAGACAAGCUGAACGUUCUCUGCUCAAAGCCCGAUGGCAUCCCUCCUGAGAAGGAGGCCAUGUUGAUCAACGCAAUUAGCCGUGCUGAAGUCCUCGAGAAGGAGCUCUGUGCAACUAAGAUGUUGCUUGUGGAGGCUAUGGGGAAGCAGCAAGAACUCCUGGCUUACAUUGAGAAGAAGAACAAGAAGAAGAAGAGGCAUUUCUUCGGGUUCUGAACGAGGAAUUAGUUGCUCCAUGACAAUGGCUGAUUGAGGAUGUGAUGCUACAGAUCAUUUUUACCUUCUAUUAUGUACUUUUUUGGGUUCUUGGGGAAUCUCCAUGACUGACUAAGUCCUUUUGGCUUCAAGAUUGCUGCUUUGCUCUGUAUAUUAUUAAGUUAAUCUCUUCAAAAGCUUUGCAUAGGGCAGCAUUGUAAUGAAUUGUUACAACAUCUUGUAAUCGGAUGAAAUGGAGGGUUCUUUGAAUAUUAUUGAACAACAGCCUGCCAAGUCACAAAUGGUUCUACCAUGUGAAUUUAUCUUUUGAUCUCCUGUCUUUUCUCAUUCUUACUUAGAGAGACGCAGGUAUGAAUGAGAAAAUAUAUGAAUAAGAAGUUCCAAGUAACAAUAUAAUCUACUUGGUUCA